AUGAUCGUCGACGCGGUGCGGGUCGCCUGCGGAUCGGACGGCGUAAUGGUCGAGGACGAGGACCCUCUCCGCCCGCCGCCCUUCAGCCCGCCCCUCGACUCCGGCCACAACCCCUCCGAGGCCAACCCUGCCGCGGGAGAAGCGAGACUCCACGCCGAGCUGCAGUCGACGCUCAUUGAACAACAGGACCAGCAACAACGCUGCGCUGAGAAGGGCGUCGUUUCAGAAGUCAAGGGGUCAGGCGAGGUGUGCCAAGGGUGCCAUGACGUCAUCGCCGACCGGUUCCUCCUGCGGGUCAACUCGAGGUCGUGGCACCAGACUUGCCUGCGGUGCUGCGUGUGCCAGCUGGCCCUCGACCGGCAGCCGUCGUGCUUCAUCCGGGAACACAAUGUCUACUGCAAGUCCGACUACACGAGGAACUUCGGCGCGCGGUGCGCCAAGUGCUGCCGCAGCAUCGGCGCCGCGGACUGGGUGCGGCGCGCUCGCGACCGCGUCUACCACCUCGCCUGCUUCGCCUGCGACGCCUGCAAGCGGCAGCUCAGCACGGGCGAGGAGUUCGCCCUCCACGACAACCGCGUCCUCUGCAAGCAGCACUACCUCGAGUCCAUCGAGGGCGGCGCCUCCAGCAACGACGAAAGCGACGGCUCGGGCAAAGCCAAGAGCAAGCGCGUCCGCACGACCUUCACGGACGAGCAGUUGCAGGUCUUGCAAGCCAACUUCCACAUCGACUCGAACCCCGACGGCCAGGACCUCGAACGGAUCGCGCAGAUUACGGGCCUGUCCAAGAGGGUGACGCAGGUCUGGUUCCAGAAUAACCGCGCGAGGCAGAAGAAGUACAUCACGCAGGGGAAGCGGCACCACGCGGCGCCGCAGACGCCAGUCGGCGCCGGCUACCCGCUGGACCGCGCCCCCUCGCGCCUCUCGGACUACGGCGACAUCUCCUCGUCUCCCUCGUCCUUGGACUCUCCUCUCUCGCAGAUCCUCUACAGCUUCGGAUGA